AUGGUGAAGCUAGCCACUGUCACGAUCCGAAAUUUCCUCUCCUAUCUCCUCUACCAUGAGGUGUGCCCCGAAUACAAAGAGAACAUCGACGAGGCGCGUAGGUCGUGUGACAUUGCAGCCAAAGAACUGUGGCAGAACCAGGAGUUCGCGACCUCCAGCCCUAGAGAUUUCAACAAGGCCUGCUCCACUCUCUUCGGUGGCUUCUUCUACGAUGUGAAUGCCGAGGAAAAUAGUUGGAAUAAGCGAAAGAACUGGAAUUUCCUUAUGAAGAAGGACGUCGCACGUAAAGUGGUUAAGUUCGCAAUAGCUGGCUCAGGAACAAAUACCAUGGCCCUUCAAUUUCAAACGUUGGCAAACCAGAAUGCUUUGCAUUCGGCGCUUGUGCCGGAUAUUCACGGCUUCGAGGUGAUUGCGGUCUUCCCUCCCACGCCAGAAGUUCGUGAGUUCUACAGACACCACGCACCUGACCUGAACCCUGUUGGACGGAUGGUCGGGAAAGCCUACCGUGAUCCUGGAAAGCCUCGCUACGAUCUAAGUGGGGAGGAAAGAUUGAUGUGGGAAACUGGGGCGGCGUCGAUGCCUGAUUUCCAGUUUUUCCUGGAAGAAAGUCUACUCAAGCUCUGUUACCCCAAGAUGAAAGUGAUCACUCCGGUGUGGGAACUCAACUGUGGCCUGAACUUCUUUGAAGAUGUUCAUACUGUUUAUAGCUCGAUCUACACUGUCCUCUGCAACGAUCUGAUGCUGGGCUAUAAGCAGUCGGUCGACUUGACUGAAAAAGAACCGGACGAUGUUGAGGAGAUCGAGGAGCCGAAUGGUGAUGGCGCUGGGAAGAAAGAGACGACGCUGUGA